CAUCUGCUGCAUCUAAUUGGUAAGAAAUCGAAUUAUUAUUAUUUUUCUGUCGUAUUAAAAUCUCCAAAGAGAAAAGAAAAAUGUAUAGAUCAAACAGUUGGAGCCGGUUUGCCGAUGACUACUACAUGCACUCAUCGCCGGCGAUGAGACCGUCGUCGGUGACGGACGGGGAUGAUCGAGAGCCACCUCCAUAUGAUUCCAACACCGAAACGGAAUCGAAGAAGCCGCGCUCUAAAUUUGCUGAGAACGCCGUUCAUGUCAUUCCCUUUGUUCUCUUCCUCUGUGCCCUAAUCCUCUGGUUCUUCUCUACUCCAGAUAUAGACGUAAAGCUGAAAUUAGGGGAUUCGAUUGCAGCAAGAAUAGAAGGAUUGACAAUUGAAGGGGACAUGGAUAAUGAUAGUGACGGAACUCAGACGGGUUUUUUGCCGACGGCGGAGUUGCUGGAUUUGGGCAAACCCAACCGUAUGAGAGGUGCUGCGAGUGUAAUAGCAAAUAAGAAGGGAAGUUUUAAGCGAUUCAAAUGAUGAAGAAAUACAACUCAUUGGGAUCUGCCAUCGCAUUUUCACUCUCUAG